CAUUGAGUCUCGAUGUUAUCUGCUUUGUAGGCUUUAAUAAAAUCAUAGAGCCGUUUCUAAAGUAGAUCCAUCAGGACAGUACCCGAACCGCCGCCGGGAGUCGGGCUGCAUCAUGACUGCAAUGGAGGAGCAGGCAGAGACUGGCUGGAUGACUGAAUCACGUUAGCCGCCUUUUGAGGAAUAACACUGGUACUGACUGUAAUAGCGAGGGAGCUGACUCAGUGGUUUCUACUGCAGAGCUGUGAGAGUGAUUGACCCCCUCAACACUUCUCCAUUAGGGUGCUGUGACAACACAGCCAUGCCGCCCCCAGCCGACAUCGUGAAGGUGGCUAUUGAAUGGCCUGGUGCUAAUGCUCAGCUUAUAGAGAUGGACCAGAAAAGACCAUUGUCCUCAAUAAUACGGGAAGUAUGUGAUGGCUGGUCUUUAUCAGGCUCUGAGCAGUUUGCUCUGCGCUAUGCUGAUGGGCCUCAGCUUUAUAUCACUGAGCAGAGCCGCGGUGAAAUCAAGAACGGGACCAUCCUUCGCUUAGCCAUUUCACCUGCUCGUGCUGCUCGUCAGCUCCUGGAGAGGAUCCAGUCCCACGGUAUCGAUGCUCGCCUGGAGGCUCUAAAAGAGCUCGCCAAGCUGUCUGCAGACCCAACCUUCGCUGCAGAGUUCAUCAAUAUGGAGGGCAUUGGGACGCUGGCACGUCUUGUUGAAAGUGGCACACACUUUGGUGAAAUGCUGGCCUUCACUCUCACUGCCUUCCUGGAGCUAAUGGAUCACGGCAUUGUGUCUUGGGACCUUAUCUCCCUGUCCUUCAUCAAACAGAUUGCAGGCUAUGUGAACCAGCCGAUGGUGGAUGUGUCCAUCUUGCAGCGCUCUCUAGCGAUCCUGGAGAGCAUGGUUCUCAACAGCCACAGCCUGUACCAUCGGGUGGCACAGGAGAUCACCGUGGGACAGCUCAUCGGGCACCUGCAAGUGUCAAACCAGGAGAUCCAAACCUACGCCAUCGCCCUCAUCAAUGCUCUCUUCCUGAAGGCACCAGAGGACAGACGGCAGGAGGAGUAUACUAACCCGUUGGAGCAGCACCUCACUGAAAUGGCGAGCACUUUGGCUCAGAAACACCUGCGAUCCAUCAUCCUCAAUCAUGUUAUCAGAGGAAAUCGACCAAUCAAAGCAGAAAUGGCGCAUCAGCUGUACGUGCUGCAGGUACUGACCUUCAACCUUUUGGAGGAACGAAUGAUGACCAAAAUGGACCCAAAUGACCAGACACAGAGAGACAUCAUUUUUGAGCUGCGUAGGAUUGCGUUCGAUGGAGAAAAUGACCCGACUGGAACAGAAAAGAGAAAGGCCAUGUACACCAAGGACUAUAAGAUGCUGGGCUUCACUAACCAUGUGAAUCCAGCCAUGGACUUUACCCAGACUCCUCCGGGAAUGUUGGCUUUGGACAACAUGCUUUACCUUGCCAAGGUUCACCAGGACACGUACAUCAGGAUUGUCCUGGAAAACAGCAGCCGCGAGGACAAGCAUGAAUGUCCCUUUGGCCGCUGUGCCAUCGAACUCACUCGGAUGUUGUGCGAGAUCCUUCAGGUUGGAGAACUGCCUAAUGAGGGCUGCAACGACUACCACCCCAUGUUCUUCACUCAUGACCGGGCGUGGGAGGAGUUCUUCUGUGUCUGCAUUCAGCUGCUCAAUAAAACCUGGAAGGAGAUGAGGGCCACAGCUGAGGACUUCAAUAAGGUCAUGCAGGUGGUCCGUGAGCAGAUCACCAGGGCUCUGGCGAUGAAGCCGUCGUCUUUAGACCAGCUGAAAAAUAAACUUCGAGGCCUCAACUAUUCAGAGAUCCUGCGUCUGCGGCAGUCAGAGAGAAUGAGUCAGGACGACUUCCAGUCUCCUCCCAUCAUAGAGCUGCGGGAGAGAAUUCAGCCCGAGAUCUUAGAGCUCAUCAAGCAACAGCGACUCAACCGCCUCUGUGAGGGGAGCUGUUUCCGCAAGCUGGGGAACCGCCGAAGGCAAGAGAAGUUUUGGUUCUGCAGACUCUCCCUGAAUCACAAAGUGCUGCACUAUGGAGACCUUGAUGAGUCACCCCAGGGUGAAGUGCCUUUUGAGCUACUCAGUGACAAGAUCCCCGUCUCUGACAUCAAGUCCGUGGUGACCGGAAAGGACUGCCCUCACAUGAAAGAAAAAAGUGCUCUGAAGCAAAACAAAGAGGUGCUGGAGUUAGCCUUCUCUGUCCUCUAUGAUCCCGAUGAGACACUCAAUUUUGUUGCACCCAACAAAUAUGAGUACUGCAUCUGGACUGACGGGCUGUGUGCGCUACUGGGCAGAGAGAUGGGCAGUGACCUGACGCGCAGUGACCUAGAUACUCUCAUCAGCAUGGAGAUGAAGCUCCGCCUCCUCGACCUUGAGAACAUCACCAUCCCAGAGGCCCCGCCCCCCGUGCCGAAGGAGCCUAGCUCGUAUAACUUCACCUACAACUACAGCUGAGAUGUGUGCGUGUGUGCGUGUUUGCAGUGCAUGUGUGUGUAUAUCUCAAAGAUGAGUAUACUCAAUCUUUUGAUGAAUUUAGCUGCAGAUGUGUGCACCGGAAAAGAUUCCUUUGAUUUUUUAUUUAGUUUUUAUUUUUUAACAUUUCAGAACCCUGGAGACUUCUCUCCAUCCGUGUUUGUGAUGCUGUACGGUUCGUCAAGUAGGAGAAAUAUGUUUAUAGCUUCACAGGGAGUUUGGAGGGUCAGGGUCCACCACAGAGCAGUACUCCUGGAGCUGGUAGAGAUUCAGCAAGUGAAUCUCAUUUAUCAUUGCCGUCUCCAGGCAACGUCUCCCUCAGUCUUUGCUAGGUAAAGGCAUAAAUCUGCCUAUAAAGUGAAGGAAUACUGUGCCUGAUGGGGAAUGUGAAUGAAAAGCUAUCAGCAAAUUAGUCUUUAAUCAAAGAAAUUUUAGUCAGAUUCCAGCCUGACUGGUCAGUCAUGCCAAGCAUGUGGUUUCCAUGGCAACAAAGAUGAAGCUGCCACCAUUCCAGUUUAAACACUGUGCUCACUUUGAUUCGGUCUGUCCCUCUGCAUGAUGGGCACACGGUGAUACAACACACAGAGAAGAGUGAGUGGGCUGAGAGUUUGCGCACUCACACACUCUCCUGAAAUGAGAUUCAGUCAGUGUCUUGCUUAAGGUCACUUUGGAAGGAGGGAGAGUUGAUGUCAGGGGGGACUGAACAUGACGUUCCUGGUUAAAGGACAGUCCCCGUAAUCAGUGCACUGUCCUGCUGCACAUCGAAGUCUCAUUAAUGAUAAGAUAUCUGACCUGCAGUUCAGUGUUGAAAGUAAAAAAAAUGCUUAAAUUCAGCGAUAAAGAGAUCUAGAAAUGUGAUUAAUAACCUACUUCUGUAAAGCAGAAGCAUAUAAGGUGUAAGGGUAAUAUUUUGUGGUGUUUUUUAUCAUUUCUGCCAUACUGGGCCACAGAAGCCUAGGGCUCUAACUAACAAUUGUUUUUAUGGUAUCAUGAAUUGAUUAUUUGAUCUUUGAAAAACAUAAAUUUCUGGAAAAUGCUCAUCACAAUUUUCAUUUAGUUCUCAAGUUAACAUGUUUAAACAGCUUGUUUUGUUUGACUCAUGUUCCAAAACCAAAAGAAACACAGUUUAUUGUUGUGGAAGACAAAGAAAACCAGCAGAUAGUCAUAUUUGAGAAGCUGGAACAAGUGAAUUUUGGUCUUUUUAGCGUUUGUCAACAUUUUAGCAGAUUAAUUGCCCACCCAUCAGUAAAUCAAGUAUGACUCGAAUUGUUUCAGCUGCACUAAAGUGGUGCUGUCAGCAUAUAUGUCUUUACAGCGUCUGUUUACUCAACAUUCAUGCUGCUUUAGAUCAUUUGAGUGUCGAUACAGCCCAUUGAACUGAAACUGUAUGUGGUGUGAAGAUAGAUACUCUUGCCUACUGCAUGUGUCUGUUAGUGUGUAUUCAUAUGUGUGUGUGUGUGUGUGUGUGUGUGUGUGUGUGCAGGUUUUGAGGUUUAGUGUAAGCUGUUUAUGUUAGACAUGAGGAAUAAUGUCAAUAUUUCAUCAGCGUGAUGCUCAUGGAAGUCGGGGCCAAAGCGCGCUGACUUCCAACACAUUAAAAAACAUGAGUGACUCUUUUGUGUUGAACCACAGUCACUGCAUUGCCUUAUCAGUCAAAGACACCAUAUUUUGGGUAACAUUAGCAUUUAUAAUCAGUAUAACCAUGAAUGGUUUAUAACACAUUGUUAUAACACACUAUAAUGUGUGUUUAUUAAUGUAUUUGUUAACAACUAUGAAUUGAAUCUGAAAUACUUAAUUGAUCCUCUAAAGGAAAAUUUGGUCAUGAUACAGUUUUAUAAUUAUAUUUGUAUAGGUUUACAUUUAAGUUGUAUUUACACAUAGUGGAAUUCCAAAAAAAGUAUAUAAACAUAUAUGCAUUAUACAAUAUAUAUAUAUGUAACACAAUAUAUAUAGAAAAUGAAAAUAGAAAAAUAAAUAUGCACAUAAAUAUGUAAAAGGAAUAUGUGCUUCAUACUAUAUACACUAUCAAGCAGUUAAUCAAUGUUUGAUAACAGUAAAAGUAGUUUAAUUAUUAUAUAAUCAUAUCUAUAUCUGUUUUAUUGCCAUUCUGUUGCCAGGGCAACAGCUUUGGUCCCUCUUUACUUCCCAACAGCUACUAAGGAAACUAUAAAAGAAGAAAAGGACAUGACAUCAGUGACAGCGUUCAAAUUUUGCGUAGGAGCCAGACUUUGGUGUCAGUUCUAUUGGAGUCAAUGGGGCCAGUUCAGCAAAUCACGCUAUAACCCUUUGUUGUUUCACCUUGGACUGAAAAAUUCUUCUGCCAGAUUCAAAAACACAAAUUAGGUGAUGUUGACUGACAUUUUAUUAUCUAAAUGUGUGUGUUUGUUCUCCUUGGUAUUGGUCUCCAAAUGGAUCAAGCUGCAGCUCAAGCCCCUGUUGUUAGCGGGUACAUUACUAAACUGUUAAUAUUGAAUAACAUUAAGGAGGAAUAAUGUUGGAUAAUGUUUCCUUUACUUGUCAGGAGGUGGUGCUAAAUUGCCAAAUUAUUUUAAAUCUGGACCUUCUUCGUUUACCAGCACUGAAUUAAGUUAGCAUUUGCUCUUUUUUGAGCUAACGUUAGCUAGCAAUCUCUGCUCAGUCGCCCUAUAUUAAUUUGGGUCGAAAUGUUACAGCCUCCUUAGCUUAAUUUCUGUCAUGACAUAUGUGAGCUAGCUAAUUAAUGUUAGAUGACUAAAUUUAGGGCGCAUGCAAAUCACUAAGACGAACUACAAAGCAUUGAAGAACUUACCCAGCUUGUGUAUGUAUCAUGAUAUAAUGUUAGGUAUCUUGGACCAAACAGGGGCUUGAAACAGAUCUGUGAUCUGUUUGGGGACCAAUAGCAAGAAAAACAAAUGUGCAUGUUCAGAUUAAAAACGUCAGUGAACAUCACACAUUUGUUUUUUAUCUUGAGGAGGGAUUUUUCAUUCAAAGUUGAAACAACAAAGAUAUGAUGGGUUACAGUGUGAUUUGCUGUGCCUGCCCCAUUCACUUCAAUAGAACUAAAACCAAAGUCUGGCACCAAUGCAAAAUUCAAAUGUUGUCACUGAUGUCAUGAUCUUGACUUCUUUCAUAUUUUCAUUGACAGCUACUGCACUCAUAAACAUUGCGACAGGAAAUACUCUCUUGCUGCGUUCAAACGGGGUUGUGUUUACCGUGUUCACGAGAAGAGUCCAUAUGAACGCCCCCCUCUUGUGGUAUUCAUAACCUAGUAAGUGGAAAUUUUUAUAGAGCUCCGAGUUCACAACUUUGCAAACACAUCUUCCCAUGUUGUGAACACAAGCUCACUUUGAACGCAGCAUCGGACCCAUUCAGAAUGUUUGUGUUGUUACUUGGCUUAUGGUUAUCAUAAAUCAUUUAACUUUUUACAUUACCUGCAUACUGUAUACAUACACAGCAGGACUAAAAUUAUCUAAAUGUGUCUUUAAAACUACUGUAAAUACGAUAAUGUAUGAUUACAGCUAUGUAUUACUAUACUGUAUUACCAAACAUUGAUUAAAUUAUGAAUGCUUCAUAGGGUAAGUAACAACAAAGACAUUAUAAACAAUUAAUAUAUCUGCUACAACUACAGUAUAGUGUCUUAUAAACCAUUUAUUAAUUGUUUAUUUACUGCUCAUAAAUGCUAAAUGAGGUUUGGGUUCAAUAUUUAGAGUGACAAGUUACAGUGUUGUUUUUUCUUUUCGCUAAAACAACCUUACCUGACAUUCCAACAGUGUUUGAUGCCCCUUGUGUUGCAGCAGUUUUAAGGCUUGAUUUCAGACUUGUUUUUGUCACGCUGCACAGACAAAUGGGACAAAAGAGCAUCUCUGUUGGCCUGUUUCAGUUAAUGUGCCAAAAACGUGACCCUCAAAUGAACAGAAGCUGGUCAGAAACAGCUGAGUGACAUAGCCCUGGGCGUUGGGGACAUCUAGUGCUGCUCAUGUAUCGUAUGAGCAGACUGUAUUGUGAGCUUUGUAUACAGUGGUUUGAGGUAUAGUACAAUUGCUUGAUGUCAUUUUCUUAUGCUUUUUCUGUGUUUUGUUGAUAUCACUUAAUGUCUCAUCAGCGUCUUAACCAUUACUAAUCACUACUGUCACUUGUUAAUGCAGAAUAGAAUAUAUUUUUGUAAAUGAUUGUACAAUCUUAUCAGCUGUGAAGAGAGUGGGUAACAAGCUAACAGCAUUUUCACUCUGCGUCAAUCUGUACAGUACAUUCAACACGCUCAUUACCUUGGAAGGACAUUUAACACUAAAAAAAAAAGUUUUUGGUCUUCACAUUUUUUAAAGUCACAGCCAUGUAUUUCAUACUGCAGUCACCUCAUGUUGUUUAGGAAUGACACUCACUCCAGCACCUAAUGAUGAUGUCAGUGUUAAUGUACCUUAUAAUGCAAGUGGGAAUUAUGAAGAUUACUGUUGAUGCUGUUUGUGAAAAGGAAUAUAUUUGAUUUUUUUUUUUUUCGAAAUACUGUUUUUGCUGUUUGUUUUUUAACUGAGGUCGAAGGUUGUAAAGGUUCCCUGUGGAGUUUCAGACCUCUAGAGGUGCUGUGGACCUGUUUCUCCUUCAGUGAGUCCCUGUUUAGUUUGUCUCGUGCACGCAAACGAAGGUGCACAUGCAGUACGCAUUCCUGCCAGUGGUUUCAUGCUACUCCACUGAUCAACAGGUGGCAGUAAUUCACCAAGAAAUGCAGCAAUGUGCCAGAAAGGAAAAGUAGAAGAAGACCACAAGCUCUCAAACAUGAUGUAAACAGUAUUGGAUUUGAAAUCCUUAUAAAAAUGGACUUGCCAAUGCCAUUGCUGUUAGACCUGAAGGAUACACACAAUGUAUUUCACUGAGUAACAGUGAAUGUAAACAUAAUCGUUGUUUGUUUACAAGAAAACUCCACAGGGCCCCUUUUAACAGCUUUAAAAAAAAGUUAUUUUAUAUUCCAGCAAGUCAUCGAACUGCAGCUAAAAUAUAUCACUAACCACAAAAUACCACAGUGAGUAAAGGAUUGUUGCAUUGGAUGUACUAAUAGUAUGACUUGAAGUUUUCGCAUCUGGUACUCUUUUACAUGACUUGCUAAACUAUUUAUUUACACUUGCUAGUGAUAGUAAAGAAUGACAUGUUGUUAGUUAAGAAAUAACAACAUUAAAUCUAAAUAUGGUAUACAUAUAGAUCAUUGUAUGUAUAUACAGUAUUGUGUUGCCUUAUUGAAGAAAAUGUAUUAUGUUUUGUGUGAAUAAAUACAGAG